AUGUUUUUUUUCUUUGUUUCCAGAUGGAGAGGAAGUAUAUACAAAUUAGUAUGGCUGGAUUUGUUAGUUUUUUUACUUACAUAUUAUUUAUUAAAUCUAACAUAUAGAUUGUUAUUGAACGAGGAGUCUAAAAGGACAUUUGAAGGUGUUGUAAACUAUUGCAGUUUUCAUGGCAAUGUGAUACCAUUGUCGUUUGUUCUUGGUUUCUACGUGACGGUCGUAAUGAAUCGAUGGUGGAAUCAGUACACCACCAUACCAUGGCCUGACUCUAUAGCUGUGUUCGUCUCCGCGACUAUACACGGACAGGAUGAGAGAGGUCGUCUAAUGCGUCGUACUAUUGUACGUUACGUUUGUGUUUGUCUCACAAUGGUGCUCACAAUGAUCUCACCUCGAGUUAAAAAACGUUUUCCUACACUCAACAAUCUAGUAGAAGCUGGGCUUUUACUUGAAAAUGAAAAAACUAUACUAGAUAAUCUUAAUGAUAAAUUUCCUAAACCAUCCAAGCAUUGGUUGCCGAUCGUGUGGGCGACAAGUAUAGUGACGAGGGCCCGAAAGGAGGGUCGGAUAAGAGAUGAUUUCGCUGUUAAAACUAUAAUUGACGAAUUAAACAAAUUCAGAGGUCAAGCUGGUCUAUUAUUGAGCUACGACACUAUUAGUGUACCAUUAGUUUAUACUCAGGUAGUUACAAUAGCUGUAUACUCAUAUUUCAUUACAUCAGCAUUGGGUAGCCAAUGGGUUGAUAAUAAACUCCAAUCUCACAGCUCGUCUGUCUAUAUCAGUAAUAUAGACCUCUAUUUCCCAAUAUUCACGACCCUAGAAUUCUUUUUCUACAUGGGUUGGUUGAAAGUGGCCGAGUCACUUAUAAAUCCGUUCGGCGAAGACGAUGACGACUUCGAAGUGAAUUGGAUUAUUGACAGAGAUUUGCAAGUGUCAUACAUGAUAGUUGACGAAAUGCACCACGAGCAUCCGGAACUGAUCCGGGAUCAGUAUUGGGAUGAGGUGUUCCCGUCUGAGUUACCGUAUACGAUAGCUACUGAGAACCAACGUGAGGAACAUCCGGAACCUUCAACAGCCCGCGUCGCUGUCCCGCCGAGACAGAGAAGCAUGGUCACAGUAGCGCCAUCUAACGUGAAAAUAGACGAAAUGAUCCCCUCUAACACCGUGAGUUACAAGUUCGCGCCUCCCGAGCAAUUACAGAUGAAUGACGACGCACAAUCCGGGAUACACUUUAUAGUGUCCCGCGGGAGCAGGCGAGGGAAGAAGGAGGAUAGGAAUUCAAUGGGCUCAAGUAAUUCAAUGGCUUCCUUACAAACACCCAUAACCAGGGUAAAUUCCGUCACCUCGAUGCUGAAGAGACUUUUCACCAAAGACGACCAGAGAAUGAACACGCAAGUCGCGAAUCAAACCGAUGGAGGUACACGUUUCACUAUAUCAGCGAGUAAUCCCACACUGAACAAGCCGGGACCUGGCGGGAGUAUGAAGAUAGCUAACGAAGUUAUUGAAGAAGUGGAUGAACAGGCUACCAUCACUAGUAUGGGGAAACGACCGGAGACCAGGCCCACAGCGAUGAGUUUGUUCACACAGGGGCCGCCUACACCCAGUGAUCCUGUGAACAUGCCGCAAAAUGGAAAAACACAGUCAGCUACCCGUCUUUCCUCGUCCGCGCCGCUUCAAUGGGCUCAAUCGGGUGAUGUAAGCCCGGCUGUUCAGUCAAUGGGAGCGUCAUAUUCGCGCCCUAGACUUGACAGUGAUGUAGGACCAUCUUUAAGUGCGGCUGGUAGUCAGACGUUGAUGGAUGAAGUGGACGGAGGUGAUGACGCGGAAUUGGAUGAUUUUGAUCGUUUGAAAAGUUUACGAGAACAACAUCGAAAGGAGAAAUACCUACAGAAGCUUAUGGCUCGAUCCGUAAGCGCACAACAGCCCACAGGCAGUAUAGAAUUAAUUGACAAUGAACUAUUAUUAGAAGAGCUCAUAAGACAGUCGCAGAGGGAAGCAGCAUCCGAAACCGCGAAAGAGGAGACCACUUGA